AUGCCAAAAUCUACAGCUGAACAAUGGCUUGGAAUAGCUGAUAGAUUUUAUCAAAGUACAAAUUUUCCAAAUUGCUUGGGUGCGAUAGACGGCAAACUCAUACGAUGUAGAAAUCCCAUAAACUCUGGCUCAUAUUAUUUUAACUACAAAAAAUUUUUUUCUAUUAUAUUGAUGGCUGUAGUUGAUGCUAAUCUCAGUUUUAUUUGUAUUGAUUUUGGAGCUUACGGUAGGGAAUCAGAUUCUACUGUAUUUAAACAAAGCACAUUUGAAAGUUCUCCAUUACCAUAUGUGUUUUUGGCUGAUGAGGCUUUUGGUUUGCAUACAAAUUUGUUGAGACCAUAUCCUGGGCGAGGUUUAAAUGAUAAGCGGCGUGUUUUUAAGUACAGGCUCUCAAGAGCACGAAGGACGGUCGAGUGUGCAUUUGGAGUAUUAUCCAACAAAUGGAGAGUAUUACAUACUCCUUUAUUAGUAGAACCAGAUUUGGCCGAUGAAAUAAUAAAAGCUUAUUGCAUUUUACACAAUUAUGUUCGCCAAAGGGACGGAGCUAGUUAUGAAGAUAUGGAGUCAAAUCUGUUGGCCGAUGACUUAGAAAUUCGAGGAGCUCCAGCAAGAGCACAUGGGAUAGAGGUUAGAAACGCAUAUGCUGAUUAA